UUGCAAAGUCACCGGUGCCUCCUCACGACGCCCAGAGGUACAUACCUACCUGACCAGACCGACACACGAAAGACUCCUACCAUCGAGAGAGAAUACCUCCGCCGAGUCACCUCCGCCAGCAACCGCGACUCCAACGUCUCCAAUCCCGAGCACAGCACGCCCUCGACCUCGACCUUUCCUUGGGCAUUCUCCAGCCAGACGCCGCACGCCGCCAACCUUAGUCAAGAUCCCGCCGUCGAGUUCCAGAGCAAGCCCAACCGCCCCAGGGGUGUGUCACUCUCUGCUGUCGCUCCCUCCACCACCGCACCAGAGGCCCCAUCCGCCUUAGCCUCAUCCCCGUCGUCCGUCGUCAUUCGCCCUGAAGUUGUGUUGGUCACUGCUGUCGCUGUCGCUGCCGUUGUUGCUGCUGUCGUCGCCUCCGCUGGCUCCUGGUUGCCGUUGAUUCUACAAAGACGAAUCGGAGAGAUACUGCCGCGGUGCCAUCGAAAACCUCGAAUCACAAUCACCACACCAGCAGCUGCUCCCACGACAAACUCUCGUCGCUCCCUCCGCCGUCCGUCAUUGAGUUCAGAGGCUCCGUUCACAGCCUCCACACCCACGUUGACGUUUUUCGUCUCCUCUCCGUCUCCUCCGUCUCCUCUCUCCGAACCCACCGUGUCUCUCCCUGACGUCGACUCAAACUCGUCGUCAACUUGGCGCCUCGUCCGUCACACAACAAAUACAAGCCUGCCCUGCUGCCCUGCCCUUCCGAGCCCGGCACAGCGCUGCACCGCACGGCACGAGCAAAAGGUACUUCCAACCCCCGUCCCGCUGCUGCUAGUCAUCGGCCACCAAUACGACCACUUCAAAGUACCUACCCAGCCUAACCGAGCAUCCUUCUUCUCCCAGAUCACCCCCCCGGUUCGCGACACAUCGACGACAAACACUCCGCCCGUCAUCGACGCUGCCGACCGCUCUUCCAUCGAUCGGGGACUCGACUCCCCUCCCUCCCCCAAGCCCGAAAACCCCGCGACUCCCUCCUCGACCGGCCGACCGAUUCUUUGCUCGCUCGACCGCACCCGUCGUCGUUUGUUGUCGUCGCCCAUGAUGAGGCCCGCAGCCCCCUCAAUAGAAAUCAUGGCUGGCCAGUCAGUCACUCCGGACUCCCGCUCCUCCUCGUCCACAAACUCCCCCGCCCCUGCCGACAACGAGGAGUCGGAUUUCUUCAUCGCCGGCAAUGACUCCCAGUCGUCCUUGGGAGUCCCCAACAUCGAGGACAUGCAGGUCAACGAUGACCCGUGCCAGCCCGCCGUCAACCGCCUGCCGAGCGAGAUUCUCAUCUCCAUCUUUGCGAGGCUCAACGGCCCCUCCGACCUCUUCAACUGCAUGCUGACCUGCAAGCGAUGGGCAAAGAACUCGGUCGACUUGCUUUGGCACCGUCCGGCGUGCGUCAACUGGAAGAACCACUCCUCCAUUUGCCAAACGCUGCAGCUCGAGAACCCCUUCUUCGCCUACCGCGAUUUCAUCAAACGCCUAAAUCUGGCGGCCAAUCAUCUCGCUGAUAAGAUCAACGACGGCAGCGUCAUCCCUUUGGCCGUCUGUACUCGCGUUGAGAGGCUUACCUUGACUAACUGCAAGAAUAUUACCGACCAAGGGUUGACGGCCUUGGUGGAAGGCAGUUCCUCGUUGCUUGCCCUCGAUAUAUCCGGCGAUGAGAACAUCUCGGACGUUUCCAUCAGAACCAUCGCACAGCACUGCAAGAGGUUGCAAGGCUUGAACAUUUCGGGUUGCCGAAUGAUCACGAACGAAAGCAUGAUCCUGCUCGCCGAGAACUGCAAGUACAUCAAGAGGCUCAAACUCAACGAGUGCUCCCAGCUGCAGGAUAACGCGGUCAUGGCCUUCGCCCAGAACUGUCCGAACAUCCUCGAGAUCGACCUCCACCAGUGCAACCAGAUCGGAAACGACCCCAUUACCACCCUUAUCACCAAGGGUUCCUCUCUCCGCGAACUUCGCCUUGCAGGCUGCGAGUUGAUCGACGAUAAUGCCUUCCUCAGCCUACCGCCAAACAGGACAUAUGACCACCUCCGCAUUUUGGACUUGACAUCGUGCGCUAGACUCACCGAUCAGGCCGUACAGAAAAUCAUCGAGGUGGCCCCGCGUUUACGCAACUUGGUGCUUGCCAAGUGCCGCAACAUCACUGACGUUGCCGUCAACGCGAUCUCGAAGCUGGGGAAGAACUUGCAUUACCUGCACCUGGGCCACUGCGGCCACAUCACCGACCAAGCCGUGAAGACACUGGUCGCACAAUGCAAUCGCAUUAGGUAUAUUGAUCUGGGAUGCUGUACGCUCUUGACCGACGACUCGGUCAUGCGCCUCGCUCAACUUCCCAAACUCAAGAGAAUCGGCCUCGUCAAGUGUAGUAGUAUUACCGACGAGUCCGUAUUCGCGCUUGCUCGCGCCAACCACCGACCCCGCGCACGUCGGGACGCCAACGGCAACAUUGACGAGUACUACGCCUCCAGUCUUGAGCGUAGCAUCAUCAAACUGCUCAACUACUGCCCUCGCCUCACGCAUCUCAGUCUGACUGGUGUAACCGCAUUCCUUCGAGAAGAGUUCUCGUCCUUCUGCCGAUCUCCUCCACCUGAAUUCACGGAACACCAGCGCGGCGUCUUCUGCGUCUUUUCCGGAAAUGGCGUUUCCAAGCUUCGCGACUAUCUGAACAACUCUCCCGAAUACGAAGGCCUUCGCGACUCUCCCGCCCCUCGGUUCUCCGGCACGGGCUUCGUAUCGCGCAGAAACAUCGGCCCUCAUCCUCCGCAAGCCGUCAAUGGUGGCCCAGCCAAUGGCGACGCCGAGAUCGAUGACGGAGAAGUGGCAGAGGAAGACGAGUUUGAGGGUCUAGACGGCAGCGAGAUGAUUGUGGACGGACAACCACUCCUGGCUCAGAAUCUCGUGAACGGCGACGCACAGCAAAACGGCAUCCCUCCGCCGCCGCCACCAAACCAUGCGCCCCCGACCGGUACGCCCGACCAGCCCCAGCUUCCCUCGGACAGCUCGCUCGCCAACGACGGCAGGCCCGGCAAAUCACCCACCCCCUCUGGUAGUGAGCCAUUACUCCCCCACGUCCCCAACAGCGCCAGGCGCAUCAACUGCCACCGCCAUCUCGCCGCAAGGAACGAACUUGGGCUUCCCCGCGUACACAAACAGGCGACCCGCGCCGUUGGGUGCCAGCACCGCGUCCAUGGAGGCCUCGAUGUUGAGCCCUGCACCUCCUGGUAG